UUCGUCAUCUCGACUCUGACGAGCUGAAGAUUGUGGUGCGGAGACAGCCAUGGAGCAUGCGGAGGAGAUGAGAGCAGAUGCGGCGGUGCAUUAUCGAGGGGUGAGGAAGAGGAAAUGGGGCAAAUGGGUGUCGGAGAUCCGGGAGCCGGGGAAGAAGAGCAGGAUAUGGCUGGGGAGCUUCGAGUCGGCGGAGAUGGCGGCGGUGGCGCACGACGUGGCGGCGCUGCGGCUCAAGGGCCACGACGCGCAGCUCAACUUCCCGGAGUCGGCGGAGCAGCUGCCGCGGCCCAGGAGCUCGGACCCCAAGGACAUCCGCUCCGCGGCGCUGGAGGCGGCCGCGAGGCUCCGGUGCAAGACCACCACCUCUCGGGCCGGGAUGUCGUCGGCGCUGGAGCGGCUCGGGAACGACGAGCUCGGCCUCGACUCCCCCAAGAUGUGGCUGGACCUGGCCGAAGCGCUGCUGCUAACCCCACCGGCUUGGAACAGCGAGGUGAGCGAGCUCGAGGACUGGGAACACCAUGGAUCCUUAUGGGAUCCCUUCCCGUAACCUAUAUAUAUCGCAUUAACUCACAUCCUUGUAUUUAAUGAGGAUGAUUGGGUGCUUUAACUCCAUAAAUAUUGACUCGAAAUGUACUCUAUCUAUUCUUGAUGCAUAAAAGCCAAAAGAAAUGCAUGUAAGUGCAGUUCUUGGUUGCAGAAAGAUGACAGCCAAGACUGCAGAGCAUAAGAGAGCAUUUACUGUCUGUUAAGCCUCUCAGUUUGAUCUAAUCGAAUGAUGUUUGCUUGGGAGAGAAACAUAAUAGAUUGGGACAAUGGAAGCAUCACCACGCACACACUGUGGAAAUCAAGGUUCAUGAACCUUCAUUCUUAUGCCGUUGGCUGUCACCGAUGCAGCUCAAUAGAUAGACAUACUGCACAAACAACACAUAGACAUUCACUAAUCCAUGCAAAAAGGGUAUCCUAAACCUGGUUUAAGUUUCUUUCUCUGUUGUAUAAAGAGCAUUUUAAAUGCAGAUUUGAAAUCUGAAGUCUUCAGACAAAGAGAGAUGAACAGUGGAAGGGUUAUCCGAUAAGAGUACAGCAGACAAUAGUUCCUAAGACUCGUCAGUGUACUUUCUGUGAAUAGUCUAAGGUAUUGAGUGCAGCUGGGAACCUUCCUAACCAAAGUCCAAAAACAAAGAGAUGCUUGAACAGUCUCCCAUCAGGAGACAAUGAGAAUCAUCGACCCAUAUCUUCUCAGGCAAAGACAAAAGCAGCACUCGUUUUAGAACUCACGCAAAAACGUGAUGAUUGAGAACAGAUUUCACUUUUAUGACAGCUAUAAUUGCAAGAAAACAAUUCAAAGCCAGUCAAAAGGAACAUGAGGAGGAGAAACAAUGCCACAAACUAUGAUGGUGAUGGAAGAUAUGAAGGAUCCCCCGUGUCGGAAAGGGAGUAGCUGCUCUUCGUAGAGCAAGGAACAAGAUAAUCUGCAUUAGGUGGGAAGAAAAUCUGAGCAUCUUUAGUGUUGGAUAUUGUUUUAGGUGUGAAGUUGCAGGAUGUUUCCAAUGGUCAAUGGGUCCAACUUGGUCAAGGCACCAUGCAUUUGCUACCAGUAAAGAAGAUAAUAAAGCAACAGCAUUGCUGUAGGAGUGACCUCAUGAGAUUAAUGAAUGGUGGACAACUGGAGAGAUGGAGACUAAAAUUCUCCUAUUAUAUGGAGUAUGUUUCAGUGGCUUUGCUGCCAUCUCCUG